AUGACGUCGAACCGCGCGGCGGGCUACACUGCGGCCAACAAGGCCGGCAAGGUGUUCGACCCGAUGGGCCAGGGCGACAAGGGCCCCGCGAAGCCUCUGGAGAAGAAGGCCGAGCUCUCUCCGGAGGAGAAGCUGCGGGAGAUGGAGAAGGAGAUCCACCGGCUCGUGGAGGAGAGCGCCGUGACCCGGGAGCAGGGCAACUGCCGCGAGGCGCUCGAGAAGGGCAAGGAGGCGGGCAAGAAGGAGCGUCAGCUCUGCAGGUUGCGGGAGCAGCACAACCUCCUCGACCAGUUGAACGUGGACUUGACCUACGCUGUGUGCCUCAACCUUGCCAUCCAGCACCAGGCCAACGACAACGACAACGAGGCCUUGGAGAUCUACACGCAGAUCGUGAAGAACAAGCAGUACCCUUUCAGCGGCCGCUUCCGUGUCAACAUGGGGAACAUCUACUUCAAGCAGGGGAAAUGGACGGCUGCGAUCAAAAUGUACCGCAUGGCCUUGGACCAAAUCCCCAAUAACGUGCAGGCCAUCCGGUUCAAGAUCAUGCGCAACAUUGGGCAUGCGUUCUUUAAGAUGCAUCAGUUCCCCGAUGCCAUCGAUUCGUACGAAAACCUCCUGAUGCACGGUGCCCAGCACCUGGACUUCAAGACGGGCUUCAACCUGAUACUGUGCUACUUCGCCCUGAUGCCGCCACCUGGCGAGAAGGACCGCGAUCGCGAGAGGGAGAAGCAGUCGGAGAAGAUGAAGAGCGGCUUCCUGAAGCUGCUCAACAUCGAGCAGGUCGGCCUGGAGGACAUGGACGAGGAGGAGCUGGAGCUGGGCGAGUCGGCCUCGGGCACGGACGGCAGGAAGAACCAGCUCGUGGAGGGGGACGACGCGCUGCGCGAGGACGUGAAGGGCCGCCAGCGGGAAGCCGCCCGCUUCAUCGUGAACGCGGCCAACCUGAUAGCCCCCGUCAUAGAGAGCACGCCGGUGAUCGGGUACGACUGGGUGGUGGACCAGCUGAACCACCACGGCUUCCCACGGAUCGGCUCGGAGCUCGAGAUCGCGAAGGCGAACCACUUCCUGCGCCGCAAGGAGUUCGACUCCGCCAUCGCGAUGCUGAAGAAGUUCGAGCGCAAGGAGCCGUCCCUGAUGGCCUGCGCGGCCACGAACCUGUCCUUCCUGUAUUUCCUCGAGGCCGAGCACGCGAGCGCGGAGAAGUACGCCGACAUGGCCGUGAAGGCCGACCGCUACAACGCACGCGCUCUCGUAAACAAGGGGAACUGCAUGUUCAUCCACGAGGACUUCGAGCGCGCCAAGGAAGUCUACCUGGAGGCCAUCGGCGUCAGCGCGGACUGCCUCGAGGCCAUCUACAACCUCGGCUUGGUCAACAUGCACAUCGGGAGGUACCAGGAGGCGCUGCUCGCGUUCGACAAGCUCCACUCGAUCACUCACGUGAACUGCGAGGUGAUGUGGCAGCUGGGCGACAUCCACGAGAAGCUGGGAAACACAGGGAGGGCUCACGAGUGGUUCUCCCUGCUCGUCACCUCGCCAAAGGGCCGGCCGACGGAUCCGGGUGUGCUCGCACGGCUGGCAAACCUCUUCAACAAGGCCGGUGAUGAAACCCAGGCCUUCCACUAUCAUCUCGAGUCCUAUAGGUUUUGGCCAGUGGACAUGAACGUGAUCACAUGGCUGGGGAUUUAUCCCAGAUCAGGACAUGUACGAGGCGGCCAUCCCCUUCUUCAGCCGCGCUUCGCAGAUCGAGCCUGCCGAGGUGAAGUGGAGGCUCAUGGUGGCGUCCUGCUACCGGCGGAUGGGCGCCUCCGCCAUGGCCCUGAAGCUCUACGAGGAGAUCCACCACGCGCACCCCAAUGA